AUGGUAUCCCUGGCGUCAGACUUUGGCGAGGCAAACGGGGCCUUCAGCCGGGCAUUGAGCUCGUCAAUGGACGCGGACCCCAUGGAGGCGGACGAGGAUGCUGUCCUCUUCACCUGUCGCUGCUCCAAUGUCGUCGUCUAUGGUCGUACCACCGGUGAUACUGCGUCAGACAAUGCGGAAAGGCCGGAUAGUGGUCUGGAGGAGAUAUGGCUGAAGAAGGGUGCAGAGAAGCAGAAAUACGCGGUGUAUGUAGGCUACGAUGUCGAGGCCGAGCGCAAGAGUCGGCGCGCAAGCUAUACUACGGAAGGAGAGUCGUCAUCUACCGCGAAGCCGGUAUGGAGAAUAUGCUGGAUGUGCGAUACGAAGCUGUAUCGGACGGAAGGCAGGCGGCGGAAUGAUCCAGCAGUGGAGGGGGCGACGGUGACAAUCGACCGGAACAGUGGAAUACUGCUUCAAACGUCCGACCGACGAGCCGACCCCACACCUUUACCUUACUCCGGUCUCAACCUCCCGGUAUCUUGCUUCUCCACGUUCGGCCGUCCACCCACCGACUCGCUCAAGAUCUCUCACGCAGAUAUCGUCUCCAACCACUCCCUUACUCAUCUUCCCUCCGUCCCCGACCCAUUCUUCUUACCUCCACCCUUCAUGCCAUCACACCCUCACCUCCGAGACCUAUGUUCCGACGCCGUCGACUUUUUGAACGCCACGCACGAGGCGUCGGAACUGCAAAUCAGGGCGUAUAUCGAAGUCAAGGCGCGAGAGAUGCGGGAGCUGAAAGAGCAGGUCCGAUGUGAGGUGGAGCAUAUGUGGGAGCGGUAUGUCCAGGGGCCAGGGCGGGAUGAUGUCAAGGAGCGCGAGAGGCGGCGGAGCGAGUCUCUUGGCGCAAGUCGGGAUAGGAAGGGGAAGGGGAGGGACAGGGGAGGAUUCGGGAAUGGGGAUGAGAGUGGACGAUCCUCCGGCGUAUCGCCUACGCCUAUGGACAACCCCAUCAUGCGCGAGGCGGCCAGGGCGCAGGCUCAGACGGGCGCAUCACUCCUCUCGGCUUCCAUCAGCCAGGCUUCGUAUAUGCCUCGACCGACACCCAUACCGGACAAUGUGGAUAACACAAUCGACGAGAUCACCCGGACGUACAACAAACAAGGGGAUCAGAGGGCAAUGGCCAUGUCGUACGUCCUCAGCAGUAUGGACGGGGCUAUGGGAAAGUCUACAGCGCGGGAUGAGGCGGUGGAGAGUGAGACUGUCAAGGAUGUGCACGGGCGAGAUAGCUGGGUGGACGAGGAGCGUACCGAGGCCUGGAGGCGGGAACAGCAGAUUGUCGAGGCGGAGAACAAGGCAAAGCAAAAGAGCAGCGGGGAGGGCGCGGAUGGCAAGACGCCGAUGCCGAAAGCGAGUGCGCUGGUCGGGUCGAGGAAGGAGCGGAGGGGGUCGUUCUUGGACGAAGCGAGAAAGGCGAAGGCCAAGGCCAAGGUGUCAUUCGAGGAGCCAGUGGCCGAGCGGGUGGACGACGGGUUGGAUGAGGAGUUUGGAAGCGUGACUAGGCCGAAGAUGGACCAAGAGGAUGAUGACUACGUAUUCGACUUUGAAUUGGAAGAUCGUACCGUCCUCGCUGCCCCUCCUACCGCAGACGACAUCGCCGGCCCCAGCUUCACCGCGACCCGCGAACUCGAAGCCACACUAGCCAGCACAUAUGCCUCGCACGCACCCUCCCAUCGGUCCGCACACCACAAGCUCCUCGCGGGUGGUAAAGACAACUACACUCCCACUCGCCGCGCCGACGCUUCAUCCGGUACCCAGGACGAAUCGUCCAUCUCGAAACUGGCGACGAGCGUACCUAUGCCUAUUGGCUUUGGGAUCCGAGGUAUCACUCCCCGGGCCCCACCGUAUGCUUUCGAGCGCAAGACGAGUUUGUCGGAUCGGGAGGGAAUGCUCGUUCCGCCGCUGAUGAAGGCGAUGCGACAGCGGGGGGUCUUAGCGGAUGGGAACUCGCUCGGACUGUCGUCGCCCAGCCAAGGAGCGGACGUCACGCCGAGGACGAAGCCGGGAGGGGAGGUGUUCCGGGCGGAUCCGGGGGCGGUAUUGGGGGCGAUGGAGGAUGAUGUACCGGAUGAUGAGGACGGAGAGGGGGGAGAAGGGGUGGGCUCGUUGAGGGAGAAUAAGGGGUUUGUGCCGCCGCAUGUACUUGCAAGGAAGGAGAGUUUGAAGAGUGGGGAUGUGGGGUGGAGAAGUAUGGUCGCGGAAUGA